AUUAUGAAAUAAGAAAAAGAGAUAAUAUUUAAUGGAGAUUUUGAAGAUAGUGAAGAAGAAGAAGAUGAUUAAUCGUAAGACUAUGAAAGUGAUGAAGAGUUAAAUAAAAAAAAGAAAAAGAAAUCACUAUUAAACACAAAUAAAAAUUUAAUAAUGAAUGUUUCAGGUAUUUUGUAAAUUAUUAAAUAGAUACUUAGUAUGCUGUAGUGAAAUUUGUAGGAAAAAUGAUAUACAAGUUUAAAUUACAAUAUGUUCCUUACUAGGAAAUUAAUAAUUGGGAUUUUUGUUGGACUGACAAUGCUGUGCUUCCUGAAACUUUAGCUAAAAUGCAAUGUAAGAAACUUUUUAUAUAAAUUAUAAUAGCUCAUUAGAAGAUUAAUCAUUUUCCAGGAAUGUAUUCAUUGGCUCGUAAAAAUCAUCUAGGCAAGAAUUUGAACAAAAUGCAAAAGUAGUUUCCUGAAGAAUAUGACUUUUAUCCUAGAACUUGGAUGUUGCCAAGUGAAUAUAAUGAUUUUAAACAAUAAUUUGGUAAAGCUAAAACAUUUAUAUUGAAACCUGAAGCAUCAUGUUAGGGCAAAGGUAUAAAUUGAGUCCAUAUGAAUAGGAAUCUUUUUAACUCGUUGUAUAGAAUCAAUAAAUCCAACAGAACAUUAUGUUGCAUAAAGAUAUAUUCAUAAACCACUUCUAAUUGAUGGAUUAAAAUUUGAUUUAAGAAUGUAUGUUUUAAUCUGUGGUUGUGAUCCUCUAAGACUUUAUUUGUAUAAGGAAGGUUUAGCAAGGUUUGCAACUUAAGCAUAUAUUGUUCCAAAUACUAAUAAUUUAGAUGAUGUUUGUAUGCAUUUAACCAAUUAUGCUAUAAAUAAAGACAAUCCAAAUUUUAUAUUUAAUUCUGAUGAAAAAAAAAUGGAUGUUGGACAUAAAAGAAGUAUGUCUAGUGUUUUUCAACUUUUAAGAGAUUAAGUAUAUUUAUUAAAUUAUAAAUAGAAUCAAAAUGUUGAUUAACUUCUUGCUGAUAUUAAAGAUUUAAUAAUCAAAACGUUUUGUUCUGUAUAGCCUAUUUUAUAAUAAAAUUAUACACAAGUUGAUAAUUAUGCAAAUAAUAUGUGUUUUGAGAUUCUAGGCUUUGAUAUCUUAAUAGAUAGUUCUUUAAAACCAUAUUUACUUGAGGUAAAUCAUACUCCAAGCUUUACUACUGAUACACCAUUAGAUCAAUAUAUAAAAAAGAAUUUAAUAGCUGACACAAUUACAUUAAUGAAUAUUAAUGUUAAAACUAAGAAUGAAGUUAUUUAAUAAAAAAAGGAUGAAAUGUAGAAAAGAGUAUUAACAGGCAAAAAGACAAAAUUAUCAAUUGAAGAAAAAAAGCAAAUAAAACUGUAAUUUUAAAAAUAAAGAGAUGAAUAUGAAUCUUAAAAUAAAGGAAAUUAUGAGUUGAUUUAUCCAUGUUCAAAAUCAUAUGAAGAAUUUUUAUAACAUUCAUUAAAAAUUUAUGAGGAAUGGACUGGAGCAAGUAAAAAAUCAGAUAAAUAUUUUAGAUAUAAGAAGAAAUCAGAAAAAAGAGUCUAUUUAAAUAAAUUAGGAACCUUAAAAUAAAUCUUAAUCUCAACCUAAAAAGAUCAUACUUGAAAAAAAAAGCAAUUUAUAUAAACAUGUUCAAAGUCGAAUUAAUACUAAUUUAUUUCCUACUAAUAAAAAUGAAUAAACUAAAGGAAAUGAAGUGAUUUAAGAAGGGGAAGAACAACCUCCAAAUCAAAUCAAUACAAUACCUGAAGUUGAUAAUGAUCAUUUUGUUCCUUAUGAAGAUUAUUAAUAAUAAUCAUUAGAAUCAAUUAAAGAGUUGUGUGCUUAUACUGAAAAGAGAGGAAGAGAAUUAUAAAUUUUAGAUUUAAUUUAAUAUAGAAAGGUUGAUAAUAGACUUAAUAAUUCUCAUAUUUAGUAAUAAAAUGUUUAAAACAUUUAAAACAUUUUAUCUCCAAUUUCAUAAAUAAAGGGAGUAUUAUAGGGUAUGGCAAUAAAAAAUGUUAAACAAUUUGCAAUAAGAAAAAACAAUAAAAAUAUUAAGUCAUCAUCAAAACAAAUAAAUGAGAGUGAACAUGAUAAACUCUAUGAAAACUCUUCUAAAUAAUUAAUAUUGCAGUCUCAAUUAAAUUAUUAAUAGAGUAAUUAAUAAGGUCUUAAUGGUGCAUAUAUAAAGCCAAAAGUCUUUAGUUUAAAGUUAUCACAUCCUCCAAAAGGGUACAAAUUACAAUCUCUUCCUUUAUUGAUACAAUAAAAUUAUACUAAAUUCAGAUAUGAAUGA